CGCUCUUUGGAUUUCUGGACAGGAGAGUCAGCGGCUCGUACACGCACCGAGUGUCAGUGGAUGUACGCGAGACUCAGAUAUGUCUCUAAACUGUGUUUGUGAUAACAGGGCGACAGGAGCCAGCAUGAAUAAUGAUUCCAACCGAACUACUGCUCGGAGCUGCAGGGAAAGCCCUCCUUUCGCCAUCGACAUCAUCCUCCAUUUGGAUAUCUUUGGCAUCAUCCUGUACUCCAUCCUCACCUUCAUGGCGGUGGUGUCUAUGCUCGUCUUCAUAGAGGAAUGUAUCUACAUCUACAGGAAAGUGCCGUCCAAUAAGAAGAGUAUAAUCAUCUGGGUGAAUGGGGCAGCACCGGUGAUUGCCACCAUGUCGUGCCUGGGGAUGUGGAUCCCCAGAGCCACCAUGUUUACUGAUAUGACCUCUGCCUGCUACUUCGCCAUUGUGGUGUUCAAGUUCCUGAUCAUGAUGGUGGAGGAGGUGGGUGGUGACCAGGCAUUCCUCAACCGAGCAGGGAGACACAAACUCAAGAUCAGCACGGGGCCGUGCUGCUGCUGCUGCCUCUGCCUGCCACAUGUGGCCAUCACACGGCGAUCUCUGUUCCUGCUCAAACUUGGCUCCUUCCAGUUUGCUGUCCUGAAAAUUGUCUUCACCAUCCUUUCCAUUGUCCUCUGGACGAAUGGGACCUUUGACCUGUCUGACUUGACAAUUACUGGAGCUGCUAUAUGGAUCAACCCAUUUGUGGGCAUCUUGACAAUCAUAGCCCUGUGGCCCGUGGCAAUCAUGUUCAUGCACCUGAGGACUGUCCUACGGACACUCAAGAUCAUCCCCAAGUACGCCAUGUACCAGCUGGUGCUGAUCCUGAGCCAGCUGCAGACAGCUAUCAUCAACAUCUUAGCAUUGAACGGCACCAUUGCCUGCACGCCACCUUUCUCUGCCGCAGCCAGAGGAUACAUGAUGAGUCAGCAGCUGUUGAUCCUGGAGAUGUUCAUCAUCACACUGGUAACACGGCUGCUGUACCGACGACAGUACGACCCCUUACCUGAAGAAGAACCCGACAACAAUGAAAACACCAAGAUGGCAAUGCUUGAGUCUGCGUGAGAACGGUGUGUGUGUAUGUGUGUGUGUGUGUGUGUGUGUGUGUGCGUGCGUAUAUGCCAUUUUUACAUUCCUGCAAUUAUCAUAUAAGAAAAUAUGAAUAAAUAUAAAUGUGAAUUAUA